GAAAAUAACAACGAGGUUAGUACAUAGAUUAAUUAACAAGCUUAUAACAACAACAAAAAUUAAACCAGAAUAAUGAGUACGUACCGCUUGAAAUUCAUCAACAUAAACUCCCUCUCCAUGCCACCAAUCGGCCAUUUUUUCGGCAAAUUCGGCUCAGCGGGUUUUGAGGAAAAAACCUAAGAAAUAUUUUCUGAUGGCAGAUCGGACUUAGCCGCAACCAACAGACCACUAUUUCCUAGACUUUUGGGAGGGGGAGUGUUUAGAGAGAUAAAUUGUAGAGAGAGAAGGAAGAAUGGGUUGUGGUGUGAAGAAAUGAGAGGGGAAGGGGGGUAUUUAUACCCAACAGACUGCACCCUCCAGGGGUGGUCGGGUAAUUUUGCCCAAAGUGAAACCGCUCCCUCCCGAUGCUUUUUGUGCUUCCCCAGGGUUGACCGCAUCUCGGGCGUGCGAUCCCCGAUCCGUGGCGCGGAUUGCUCCGCUGGCAAGCGUUCAGCCGUCCGAUCGCCCCUCCAUCCAACGGUCUUGAAGACCGUUCCGCAGCAGCAGUAAAUCGCACCGCCCUAGUGCGUUUCGUAUGCUGAAACGCACCCCUAUGAUGCGUUUUAUAAGUAAAACGCGCCCUUCAGGUGCGGUUUACUUAUAAGACGCGCCUUAGGGGUGCGUUCCAAAAAAAUUGGUGCUAUUUCUGUCAAUUUUUUCAUAUGGGUGCUAGUUUUGUAAUUUUUUUUAAAGGUACUAUUAUUGGAAAAAUCCCUGGUUUGACUGUCAAUUUGGACGGUCAACAUCAUUGACCGUUAGUCAACACGCCAUGUCAUUGCCUAGUCAGCCUAAAAAUCAUUAAGAAACUCAAAUUUAAAUUAUUUUCCUAAUUUCUAUUAUUUAUCAUUUUCAAAUUAACCAAAAAAAUAAAAUUUAUAUUUUAUUUUUUGGGAUAUUUGAAAAUGAUAAAUUUUAUAAGUUAACCCGAAAUUAUCGAAUUAAAUUAUAUAUAUUUUAUUUUUUGGAUAAUUUUAAAAAUAUAAAAUAAUUUUGAUAAUUUUUGGUUAAUUUAUCAUUUUCAAAUUACCCAAAAACUAAAAAAUUAAAUUUGUUUAUGUUUUUUAUAAUUUAUUUUUGGUUAAUUUGAUAAUAAAUAAUAAUAAUUAGAAGUAGAAUUUUUGUAAUGAAUUUUAGGCUGACGAGGCAAUAACAUGACGUGUUGACUAACGGUCAAUGGUGUUGACCAUCCAAAUUGACGGUCAAACUCUGUAUCAGGCCAAUUGAGUCUAUAUGUUACAUAGUUGAGGCCAAGAUGUUAAUUUCUGAAACCACGGGUCAAAGUUGAUUAUAUGGUCAUAGUUCAGGCCAAAAUAAGGUAUUAACCCAUAAUACAAUCAGAAUUCCUAAGACAAUUACAUGGUAUCAGAGCUUUAAGGAACUCUAACGAGUUACAAACCUCUUUUUCUUCUUCCUUUUUUUGUUCUCUGCUUCCUCCUUCCAUGGCUACUUCUUCAACUACCUAUGAUUCUUCUUCCCCUUCCAUUCAAUCUUCCUCCCCACAACGUAUUAUGUUGCCUUCUAAUCCUUAGCUCAACGUAUUAUGUUGACCCUACCAAUUAUCUGCUCUGACGUGCCCGACUUUAUCCUAUGCUACGGUGCCACCGUCUCAUCGGCCACAUCGACGGCACCAUUCCUCCGACGACGACGACUGCCAAUAAUCAACCCAAUCCGACUUAUGCACGUUGGUAUGAGGAUGAUCAGCUCGUCCUUGUCUGGAUUAAUCUCUCCUUGACUGAAGCCAUCAUACCGACGGUUGUCAACAAAACUAUAGCUCUUAUUGCCUGGGACGCUCCCGCUACGGUCUACCGUCCAUUCACUCGCAAUCUUGAGGCGCGUCUGGAGCCCAUCUCCUUCGAGAACGUGAGCAGGCUUCUUAGCGAGGAAAUGCAGCCGCAAUGAUUUCGUCCGUCGUCUGUGGAUGUAGCACCUCCGCAAUCUUUUUAUUCUACCAAGGGAGGCGUAGCGGUGGUCGCUUUUCUCGUGGCAGAGGCGCUCGCUUCGGUGUCCGAGGAUUUUUCAACCCGGGCCGUUUUCCUAACCCUUCUUUUGCAGGUGGGCGGCCCAACUCUGGUGGUUCUCGGCCCAACUAUGGUGUGCUAGGGGCUGGGCCUUCCAGCCCAUCUCUAUUGGUGUGUCACAAUUGCGGAGGGAAGGGACAUAUUCGCCCACAUUGUCCAAGCCCUUUCAUCCCCGCCCAAACCACGUACAAUCCUGGACCCGCAUCUCAUCUCGCCCAAUCCUCGCACCCUGCUCAAUCCUCGCAACAGUGGCUUCUUGACUCCGGUGCCAAUCACCAUCUUACUUCCGAUCUGGGUAAUCUGAUUCAUCAUUCUGAAUACAAUGGUCCUCAUCAAGUCACCUUUGGCAAUGGUAAAUGCCUACCUAUCUCUCAUCCUGGUUCUUCUCCCGCUCUUCUUUCUAAUAAUUCCUAUGUUCUCGAUAAUAUACUUCGUGUCCAAAAUGCUCCUCAUAAUCUUCUCUCUGUCAGCUCUUUGACUCGUUCUAACCCCAUUUCCAUUGAAUUUUUUUAUACCUAUUUUGUGAUCAAGGAUCGCCACACGAAGGAUGAGCUCUAUCGUGGUUCUGCGCGUGACGGCCUCUACUCUCUACCUCUUCAUAUCCAAAGUCGCACUCUUCCUCGUGUCUUCACUGCCUCUCUUGAUCUCUGGCAUCAGCGAUUGGGUCACUCAAAUCUUUGUGCUGUUAAACAUCUUUUGUGUACUCAUUCAAUAAAACAUCAUGAUAACUCUACUUCUUUGUGCCAUGGUUGUUCUAUUAGUAAAAUCCAUAAAAUGUCAUUUCCUUCUUCCCAAUAUCGUGCUUCUGCACUUUUAGAACUUAUUUGUAGUGAUCUUUGGGGUCCUGCUCCUAUUCUUUCCUGUGAUCAUCAAUCCUAUUAUGUCUUAUUCUAUGAUCACUAUAGUAAGUUCAGCUGGGUGUAUUUUGUGCGUUAUAAAUCUCAACUACUCAUGUCUUCAUCCAAUUUGACCAGCUUGUUGAAUUAUUUUUUUUUUUUUUUGUUUGGACUUGUUAUCUUAUCAACUACUCAUGUCUUCAUCCAAUUUCACCAGCUCAAAUAUUAGUCUCUCGCGUUUGAUACAGCUUGUUAUCUUAUCAAUCGCACUCCUACUCCUCUUCUUCAAAAUCAAUCUCCAUUCCACACUUUGUUUCAUAAAUCGCCUGAUCUUCAAAGUCUUCGUGUCUUUGGUUGUUUAUGGUAUCCCUGGCUUCGUCCUCAAACUUCUCAUAAACUUCAGCCACGUUCUACUCCAUGUGUUUUCUUGGGUUAUAGUGGUUUACAUAAAGGUUAUCGGUGUCU